UGACGGAAUGUAAACAUGGCGAAUCGCACGGUUAAGGACGCAAAGUCAAUUCGAGGGACUAAUCCUCAAUAUUUAGUGGAGAAAAUCAUAAGAUCACGUAUUUACGAUUCUAAAUACUGGAAGGAGGAAUGUUUCGCUCUGACUGCGGAAUUGUUAGUUGAUAAGGCCAUGGAGUUGAGAUACAUCGGUGGUGUGUUCGGUGGAAACGUCAAGCCGACCCCCUUCAUCUGCCUCAUCCUAAAGAUGCUGCAAAUUCAGCCAGAGAAGGAUAUCAUAGUGGAGUUUAUAAAGAACGAGGAAUUCAAGUACGUGCGUGCCCUGGGUGCCCUUUACAUGAGACUCACUGGGACAUCAUUGGAUUGUUACAAGUACCUGGAGCCCCUGUUCAACGACAAUCGAAAAUUACGACAGCAGAAUAAACAGGGGCAGUUUGAGCUCAUCCACAUGGACGAAUUCAUCGACAAUCUGCUGAGAGAAGAGAGAAGUUGCGACGUAAUUCUCCCUAGAAUACAAAAGAGACACGUUCUGGAGGAGAAUAACGAGCUGGAGGCCAAAGUAUCAGCCCUCGAGGACGACAUGGACGAUGGGAUGGAGACCUCGGAGGACGAGGAGGUCCCACCGUCCAAGGAAGAAAUCCGAAAACGAGGGGAUGAUUAUGAGAGGGAUCUGAAACGCCACAGGGACCGUGACAAGAGGCACUCGAGGUCUGAGAAGAAAUCUGAACGAGAGAAGGCGAGGUCCAGGAGUCGAGAGAGGGAGAGGGAUCGCAGGGAGAGGAAGAGGAGUAAAUCACCUAGGUCUUAUUCCUCUCAUAAGGAUAAGGAGAGGGACAAGGAUCGACACAGGAGGGACGACAGGGAGAGGGAUAGGGAGAGGAGACGCGAUCGAGAUCGCAAUAGGCAUUGAUCUCAAUGGAUCUACAAUUGAUAUAAUUUUUUUUAAUUUUCAUCACUGUACAUAACAUAACAGAAUUAUUCUUCCGGAUGUGGUACGAUUGUACGUUAAUAAAGUUUUUCAUCGAA